AUGAGUGAUAAAGCUAUCAUUGCUGGAGGGAAGAAACUCUUUCAGGAAUUUGAUAACAUACCUGAUGGAGUUAAUCCUGAAACAAGAAGAAAAUAUUUAAAUGACGCAAUUGAUUCUUAUGAAGGUUUCGACAUUGCAAAAGAGUCUGAAGCAUUAUGCAAAAAAUUUAAAGUUAAUAUCGAUUACUACUAUUGUUCUCCACAAGAAAAGGAAGACAUUAAUGUUGAAGAUGUAGAUUUCGAACUUGUUGAAAGUUACAUUGUUGAUCCAAAUUACAAAACAAUCAAUUUCUUACUAACAAAGAACAAAGACGGACAGCUACACACAGAUGCCAUCACAGAUGUUGAAAGAUUAGUCGGUUUCAGAGUUUGUCCUUACUGCAAAGAAGAAGUUUACAGUUUAAUCGAUGAUCCAGAUAGAAAGAAUCAAGCAAGAUUUUGGAAACAUUGUGAGAAGUGCAAGAUGAACGGUUGCAAGUUAAUUCAAGAUGUUCAAUUACAACCAACUCAACAACCUUACGCUCCACACAUUACAAAACAAAAGAUCUACCAGUUCUUACUAGCUUAUGGCUUACAAGAUUACUACAAACCAACAAUACACUACAUUACAUUUGAUUUUGAAACAUUAGAGACAACAGAGGAAAAAUCAAUUACUAAAUCAACAACUUUAAAUGCAGUAUUAAAACCAUUCAUGGUCUCAAGUGUAUGCGAAGAUGUUACAAAGAACCUUUGUUAUGCUACUGAUGAAAACUUUAUUAUCAAUUGGAUUGAUUGGUUAUUUGAAAAAGCAAAAGAAGUUAAAGAAUUGAACAUGAAUCAAUAUGAAGAAGUUUUUAGUAAAUUGAAAACAAUUGAACAAGAAGAAAAAUUUCUAAAACUAAUCGAAGACGAAUAUUCAAAUGUAAAUGUGAUUGGAUUUAAUUCAAGCAAGUUCGAUUUGAAUUUAAUCUUAAGAGAGUUUAAUACUGCACGAUGGAAGAUUUUGUCAAUGCUUGGCUCUUCUUCGCAGUAUAAACAAAUCACAGUUCAUAAGAAAGAAUAUCCAAAUUUGAGAUUCAUUGAUAUCAGAAACUUUGUUGCAGGUGGUACAUUAGAUCAAUUUACUCAAGACUUUGGAGAUAAUGUUAAAAGAGUUAAAUCGUUCUUUCCUUAUCAAGCUAUAACAUGGGACAAUUGGAAAGAAGAAUUAUUCAAAACUGAACCAUUCACGAAAGAAAUGUUCUUCUCAAGUUUAACUCAACAAACAAUUGCAGAUGA